UCCACGCAGGCGGUGUACGAGCGCAUCCUGGACCUGCGCAUCGCCACCCCCCAGAUCGUCAUCAACUACGCGCUCUUCCUGGAGGAGCACGGCUACUUCGAGGAGAGCUUCAAGGCCUACGAGCGGGGCAUCGCGCUCUUCCGCUGGCCCAACGUGGCCGACAUCUGGCACACCUACCUGAGCAAGUUCAUCGGGCGCUACGGCGGGCGCAAGCUGGAGCGGGCGCGCGACCUCUUCGAGCAGGCGCUCGACGGCUGCCCCCAGAAAUACGCCAAGAUCUUCAGGUUGGGCUUGGUCUACGGCUUGGCCUUGGCCUUGGCCUUGGCCUUGGCCUUGGUUGGAGGGUUAGGUUUGGCCUAG